UGGGCAGAUAACUCUACGUGACCUAGAAAUUUUGACAGCUGCUGCCGUGAAAAGCAGAAGACGCUGGCUUGACGAAGCAUUUAAAUGUAACGCAAGCUGGUGACCCAGUGCAAUCGGUACAGGCCCUGCCAUCUUCGCCCAAUGCAGCAAUUGCCUAAGUGAAGCUCUCCGUACAAUCAGUGUUAGUUGACAGAAAUGGGCCUGCCCAGUUUUGAAACGGCCCCCGAUCUUCAUCAGGAAAAUCAAUAGAAGGUUGGGUCUCUGAUUAUUCCAACGGCAACCAAUAUCGGCACUCGGCAUUUGCGGGACGUAUACACGGAGAGUUCCUCAGUUGGCAACCAUUUUACAAGGAGGUACUAGUAAUUUGUUUUGCCUAAACUUGAUACAUGUUUUCAGAGGAAAGUUAGCAGUUACUUUGGGGCUUUUUUCCUUGGGAAACAUUUCAACAAGAUACCCGGACUUACUGUCAGGAGCUGCACCUGAACACACUCUUCACAUCGUAGCUGCAGGCUAUCAAUGUGACAGCGUAAAGUGACGCCAGCAACGCCAGCAACUCCGACCACAGUCAGUUCUACCCCACCACUCCUCAAGUGUCUUUGACACAGCUGCCUAAACUCCGCCAACAUGGCCGCCUUCAUAGCAAAACAGAUGGUGGGCAACCAGCUCAAGUCUGUCACAGGUGCAAUAGGUGACAAGGACGAGGAGGGGAAGAAGAAUGAAGAAGGGGAUGAAGAUGAGGAUCCCGAGAUUGCAGAAGCCCGAAGAGAGGCUGAAGAGAAGAGGAAAGACAAACAUAGAAAAAUGGAGGAAGAGAGAGAAGAACUGCGGCAGUCCAUACGAGACAAGUAUGGCUUGAAAAAGAGAGAGAAGACCCCGGAGGAAGAAGUCGCACAGCCACUAGCUGAAGGUCGUAUAGGACGCAAGAAGAAGACGCCUGCAGAGCUCGCGGCAGAAAACAAUGCAGAUUCAGAUGACGACGAGUUAUCAAGCUUCCCCAAAAACUUAACCGAGCUCCAAUCUAAAGUGAGUGAACUGCCAACAAAAUUGGCCGCGGGAGUAGGGGAGGUAACACAGAAGUGUGUAGUGCAGUGAUCCGUGCAAUGUUUAGUCAGCCUUAGUCCCAUUAUGCAAGAGAAGGCAUUUGGAAGAUGUAGCAUUAACAUUCUGUUGGUACUGUGUAUAGUAUCUAGUAGCAACAGUUGCUUGGAUACUGACAGACAGUCAGUUCUGAUUGGUUAAUGAUGGAAACAAGAUUGGCAGCAUAUCAUGUUUUGCUUCAUCCAAUCAGGAUGGAGACAGAUCGGCAUGGUAACGAUAGACGAUGAAGGAUAGACCAUUUAUGUUGCCUUUGUUUCACCAGCGUUUGUUGACAGCAUAUAUUAUUUAUGUUACCUCUCAUGGUUGGGUCCAUGUAUGGAUAGGUCACAAUCUCCAUGGUUGUAUUUGCGGAGUGUUUGGCAAUUAUUCCACUGGCUGCUAUGUUGAAGUUUUUUUCAGUCACUUUAAUGAGUUGAUAUUUUUCUCUCAAGCCUUCAGGAUGAUUUGGGAAUCAGUUAACUGUCACAUUAUUAAUCUGGAGAUAAUAAAUCAAUUAUUUUUUCAAAAAUUUUAAUUGUAUGGUUAAUUUUAAAAAUUACAUUAUUGAUAAUUAUUGAAAUAUUUUUGCAGGCUUCAUGGUUUGAUAUAAGAAUAAAGAAUUUUGCAGUUGUGAAAAUGUAAGUUAGAUUUGGAAAACAUCUUGGUAUUUUUAGCUACCUCGUUUAUUCAUUGACAUUUAUAAGAAUCAACUUACAGGCAAUAUUUUAAGAUGCAUAAUUUUUCUAUUAUUUUGAUGAUUCAAGUCAGGGAUAAAAACCAGAAAAAUCAAGUUAGACAUAAACAAUAUGAAAAGUAAUGUGAUACCUCUCCAUCAGUGUUGUGACCUAAUUGGUACAGGGAGUACCGGAGAUUCGUAACUUAAGAAUUAACAGAUCAUCACCUGUGAAUACCCAAAAUGGCACAGAAAACUUGCAUCUCAGGCUACUGAAUACAGAUCACAUCCAAAUAUUGGAUUCUUUGUAUUUGUUGAGAAUUCUAAUUAUAUCCUAAAAGUUACCAUUCCACUUAAAUUCAUCUAAUCUCUGUGAUUGAUGAGAAUUCCUAUGAUCUCGGUAUGGUUUGUCAAGUUUUUUUAUUGCUUCGUGACAUUUGCCAUGACAUUCAGUUUAAGUAUUACAUUUGUAUUAUGACAGAAAAUCUGCAUUGUCGGCAAUAAUAUGUUCAGGUCAUCAAAUCGUUUAUUUCUUGUUAUGCUAUUUUAUACAAAAAAGUACUUUCAUUUUCUUUUCUUUUUAUUGUAUGUAAAUAUAUUUCUAUGUCAUUCCAAGUACUUAGUCAUAUUAUCUGAUAUCUUCCUUAUGUUUUGUUAUUUAUUAAUUUUAUUUUAAUCCAAAUUGUUUAACAAGCUCAAUUUCAUUCAAUCUGUUUCUGUAUUGGUCAUCCUUUUAUCUGUUUUGUCAACCUAUGUUCUUCAAUGCAUCAAAAGAUGUAGUUAAUAUUUAUAAUACAUUUAUCUAAAAAAUUAUCUCAACACACUAGGUCCUACAGCACUUAUACAUAUAUUCACAUCACAAAAUUCCAGUUAUCUCCCUUGGGUUUUCAUUUGUUCACAGUUGCUCCUAUACUAUAACACUGAGGUGUGUUUUUUACCUGUGUUUGUUAUGUAGUACUACUGAGUAUGCCCUCAUUCUCUUGUCACUCAUGGGGCGGUCGGGUAGCCUAGUGGUUAAAGCGUUCGCUCGUCACGCCGAAGACCCGGGUUCGAAUCCCGAUAUGGGUACAAUGUGUGAAGCCCAUUUCUGGUGUCCCCCGCCGUGAUAUUGCUGGAAUAUUGCUAAAAGCAGCAUAAAACCAUACUCACUCACUCACUCACUCGUCACUCAUAUCGGAUGGUGCAAUCACAUGGACAUUUACAUGUUUAAGUUUCCUCAUUGUAUGACUUGUCAUAGACAGUGUUAUGUUAUCAUACCGAUAACGGAACCGGUAACCAAUGUUUGCUACACUGAGGAAUUCUUCAGCUUCUAGACUAGCAAUAGACAUCAUAUAUCUAUCAAAUUUAUUCACCUUGCAAAGUAUUUACACUCAACGUUGGGAACGAGGCAUAGCGGAAAAUCUCUGCCUACAGAUCUUUCAUAUUCACAAAUACUGCAUGAACCAGUCAAGUACAGAAGGACUCUGAAAACACUUUUAUUAUACAUAUUUUCUUGAAUAUGUUCAUUUAAGGUGUACACUACGUAAGUAGCCCUGUACGGAAUUGGAUGGUUUGUCAAUAGGAAAUUCUAUAUAUCAAACGAUCAGUGGUGAGCACCAGACAAUGCUCAGUUGUUUUGAGAAUGAGAGUUAAGGAGACUUGCCAUGUUACUGCCUGAUCUGGAAGUAGUGUUAGGAAAGAAGGUCGGAUUUAGUCUAAACCUCUCUAUAAACUAGGUAUGAUUUCAAUUAUAUCCUAAUCAUUUUAAAGUAUAGAGCUUCAUAAGAAUCUUGCCAAGGUUAUAACAUUUGCUUCUCAUAUGUAGCAUAUUUAACAUCAUUGGAGCUGUAUAGCAGUGAUGCAGAUGUUGUUGUGAUGGACAUGAGGUACCCAGUAAUAUGGACGAUUAUACAGGAGUUGUCAAGAAAAACAACUCCAGCCUUUUCACAGAGGAAGGCACAAUUAUCAAAUCAAAUGACAUCCAUUUAUGUCCUAAGAUUGAUCGUAGUGUUAGGGUGUGACGCCAUGGCCCUUCCGACAAUCUGUCUGCUAUGUUUUUCUUGUGAUAUUUCUACUUAAUGUUCCAGGUCUCAUAUGUACGCCAUGGACUCUGUAUUGUGAGUUGCCAUGGAAACACGGCACUUCACAUUUAGUAGAAUAGCAUUAUUCUGAGGCUGUUCUCUCGCUGGACUUGCCUAAAACGCUCCUGUCUUCACUUGGGACAACAGUGAAAAUCACUGACUAGGAUUUAAUACAUCCUGAAUAGUUUUUUAAGAAUUGUUUUCUGUAAAUUAUUCAGCUCUUGUAUUAAUACCAGCAUGUAACUACAUGAUAUAGGACAGGGUAUUCGGUUAUCUCUAUAGUAUGCUCAAUUAAAUAAGAAUGUGUUUGGAAUAUAUGCUAUAUUAUCCUGAAAUCAUUUUCUAUAAUUUCAUUUUCAUGUGAUUACUAAUAAAGGUCAUCCACAUAACUGAAUCAGAAAUAUGUUCUUGAGGUCAUAUUUCAUUUUUGCUGAAACUACUGGGUAAGUGAAAGGUUUUCUUAAUGAACGUUUCUAAUUGAUUGAUACCUUCACUGGGUGUGCAGGCCGUGGACAGUUUGGCAAGCCAGUGAGAGAAGCCAUCUUUUAUCUCCUCAAAUUGUACCGAGACCAUCAUGGCUAUGUUGUAGACAUAUUGUGGCAUGUACAGAGUUAUUGUUGCAUUUUCUUUUACUUAGUCCAAGACAAUGUUGACCAGAAAUAAAGUUAUAAAUAUAGAAUGUU